AUGAUUUUUACCAUCUUACUCAUAUAUACCAGCAAAGAUUAUGCACGUAUUGACCCUGAUUGCUAUUAUGAAGAUGGAUACGAUGAAGAGAAGAGCUAUCAUUUACUUGAAAUUCCGCCAGGGAAAAAAUAUUGCUUCGAUUACAGUGCAAUUUUUGCAUCAAACACUUCAAUACAAGGUGAGUUUAAUGAUGGUCAAAUAAAUCCUACAAUGGAAGAUCCAUUUCUAUGGGUUAGAAAAAUCCCUGAUAGAAAUGAUAUAUUUUCAAUGAUCUACGCUUCCAAUAGGAAUGAGCCUUUUUUACUCCAAAUGAUCAAAGUUGAAAAUUCCGAUUUCAGUGAUAAAAAACUACAUUAUUCAGUUUUUUCAACAAUACUACAUUUCAGUCAAAGAUUUGUACCAACAUAUUCUCCUUAUAGUCGAAAUUUGAUAAUUUUAGUUUUUGAUGGAAAAAAAACUCGCGCUUUUACACGUGAUUCAUCAUCGCAUACUUACGUGAAUUAUUAUUUCCCAUCACUUGCUAAUGUCGUUCAAUUAUUUCCGAAAAAUCAAAUGUUUGUUUUUCCAGAUACACCAGGAGCAUAUACAAAGGAAGAAGUUGAAAAAUUUACAAAAUCACAUUAUCCAUUUUAUGAAGAAUACAAAUUUGAUCGAUAUGAUUUAACAGAAGCUACAGCUAAAUGUGCAAAUAGCGAAAUUUGGGCUCCAGAGUUUGUGGAACAAGGCCAUGAUAUUGGAUUGAGAUAUACUGAUUCAAAAACAUUUACAAUUAAACCAGGAAAAGCACAAUGCUUAUAUGGAAAUUUCGUAUUGGAUAGUAAACAAGAUUACAUGGCAACUAUUGAAUAUGUAGAUACAUCUGAUUUUGAUUUGUAUAAUCAAAAUCUCAAAAAAAGUAACAAGAAAUAUGAAAAUCCAUUUAGUAUAACAACAGAAAGACCUGAUGAAAGAAAUGCUCAAUUAAUAAAAUUAGAAUGUAAAUCAUUGAGAAAGCCGUGCCAAAUACAAGCAAUUAGUGUUUUACCUCCUAUUCAAAGAAGACAUAUAAUGAUACCAAUGAAGAUUGAAUCAAUAUUUACAACAAAUUCAAGUUUGUCACUUGAAAAAGAAAUCAUCAUCAAUGAUGAAGAAAUCGAAUUGUUUACAAUCACAGUUCACAACAAAAACAAAUUUAAAGUUAAAGUGAGUAGUGACAAUGAUCAAAUCAAAAACUUAUUGUCAACAUCAGACAGUUACACAACAGACGAAGUUACACAUAAUACAGUAACUAUUUAUCCAUAUUAUGAUUUGUUCAAAUUCAUUCGAGAUGAAGAAAACAUUUCUAAUUUCAAAAUGAAUGCUAAAGUUAAAGUUGAAGUAGAACCAAUAGAAACUGUUAGUGAUGAAGAAGAAAUCAUUGAAGAUAACUUAUUCUUAAGAUUACCUUCAAAUGGAGGAGGAAAAACAAAACAAGAAGUUACUGAAUUCAACAAAGAAGAAGAAGAAUUAGAUAAAGGACAUGGAGGAUUGAUUCUUUCUAUAUCAAUUGGUCUUACAACAGUUCUUUCACUUGCAAUCAUCAUUUAUUCUGUAAUUAUGCAUAUUAUUUAUAAGAAGAAAGACCAACAGAAGGAACAAUUGGAAGAACAAUUACUUUCUGAUAUAGGUGUUCAAGAACCAAUUCCUUACAGACCUAGUGAUAAUAAACCAACAGUUAAUGAUAAAGAAGAAGAAAAAGAGGAGGAGGAAGAAUAA